GGUUGGCUUUGUAAUUGACAGGAAAGUCGAACGUACGAUAAACAAGCCAUGAUGAAUUCGGUACCGGAACUGAAGAACAACCGGCAGGAUUCGCCGAAUGGCGGCGUCGAGCGACAUCAUCAGCGUUCAAGUGCAAUCAAAUCGUCGACGUUUUUCCAUAACAGUGGAAGAUCUCAUGGCAAAAAUUCAAGCGGCAGAUUAAGCUGCAGCCCACAGGGUUCGUCAAAAAGUUCAAGAAAUUCGCCAUUGCGGUACGACAGUCCGCGCGGCAGCCCAACAAGCAAUUUCUACGCGGGUGCAAAGUUUUCUGAACCGCCAUCUCCUGCGAGCCUUCCGAAACCACCGAGCCAUUGGACUACGAGACUGACUAUGAGCAGUUGUCAGCAAUCUGACAGAAUUUGCGAUAUUUCAAAUCAUUUGAAGAUGAUAUUAAACGUCCAAGCCUGAAGACCAACGAACUGCUAAAAACAGUUACCAUCUCCUAAAAGCAAAGAGACAGGUACGAUAUCAUCGUCCACCCUCUUGGAUUUAAGGAUGUAUUUUUUCUCUUAUAUGUGAUGUCAAGCUGUUCGUUUGAAACAAACAAAAACAAAAAAAAAGUGUUUAUAACUGCGCGAUAACACAAUCUCUAAGAACGAUACACAAGUAAUAUUGCAACUAAAACAGGGCACCAGCGUCUUUAGUUUCAUGGUACAGAUGCUGAGUGAAAAAAAGGAAGGAAACUACAAUUCAUUCUUUAAACUAUUAUACAAAGCAUACAAACAUUAUGUAUGAAAGACGCGGGUGCGUCUGCCGCGAACCAUGAUUCAAGUAUAUGAUAACUUGUAACAAUUCUAUUAUGCGCCCAUUAUGAAGAUAUA